UCUGUUUUGUCUCGGCAUCCUUAGGAGUCGGUUACGGGGCCGACCGCCGGCGGGGCCGCCAGAUUUAUUCCCGUUAUCAAACCUUGGAGCUGGAGAAGGAAUUUCACUUCAACCGGUACCUGACCCGGCGGAGGCGGAUCGAGAUCGCCAACGCGCUCUGCCUGACGGAGCGGCAGAUUAAAAUCUGGUUCCAAAACCGGCGGAUGAAAUGGAAAAAAGAAAGUAAUUUGAGUUCCACGCUCUCCGGGGCGGGAGGGGGGGCGGCCGCCGCCGCCGCCGACAGCUUGGCCAAGGAGGAGAAGCGAGAAGAGACAGAGGAGGAGAAGCAGAAGGAGUGA